AUGCCGCGCGAACGCUUCCUCAAGCAGUCGCUCGGCUCGCAAUUCGCCAACAUCAAGCAGGCGCGCAUCCUCGUCGUCGGCGCCGGUGGCAUCGGCUGCGAACUGCUCAAGAACCUUGUCUGCACCGGCUUUGGCGAGAUUCACGUGGUUGAUCUCGACACAAUCGAUCUCUCCAACCUCAAUCGCCAAUUCCUCUUCCGUCACGCCCACAUCAAAAAGUCCAAAGCCCUGGUCGCCCGCGAGGCUGCAUCAAAGUUCAACCCAAAUGUCAAGAUCGAGGCACACCACGCGAACAUCAAGGAUCCACAAUUCAAUGUUGACUGGUUCCGUGAAUUCGUCAUCGUCUUCAAUGCCCUCGACAACCUCGAUGCACGCCGCCACGUCAACCGCAUGUGCCUCGCCGCAGACGUCCCUCUGAUCGAGAGCGGUACCACUGGCUUCAAUGGCCAAGUCCAGCCCAUCCGCAAGCGUCUCACCGAAUGCUACGACUGCGCGCCGAAAGAGACUCCCAAGUCAUUCCCCGUCUGCACCAUCCGAAGCACUCCGAGUCAAGCCAUCCAUUGUAUCGUCUGGGCAAAGAGCUAUCUGUUCAACGAGUUGUUCGGCAUCAGUGAAGAUGAAGCAGCAGAUCUCGACCAUACUUCAGAUGAGAACAACAAGGAGGAAAUUGCCGAGCUGAAGAAAGAGGCGGCCGCAUUGAAAGAGAUCCGCGCAUCCAUGGGCUCAACAGAGUUCCCACAAAAGGUCUUUGACAAGGUCUUCACCCAGGACAUCAACAGACUACUCGGAAUGGAGGACAUGUGGAGGACACGCAAGCCCCCGACCGCUCUCGACUUCGACGCUGUCAACGUCGGAGCUGCCAAUGUCGAUCGCGAGUCACUGGCAGAUGACCAGAAGAACUGGUCCUUGGAGGAGAACUUUGCCGUCUUCUCCGACAGCCUGAUCCGCUUGAGCGAUCGUCUUGACAAGCUGCGCGCAGACCAAGAGACGGGAAAUGCUCCGCCGAUACUGACCUUCGACAAGGACGACAGGGACACGCUUGACUUUGUAGCAGCAGCAGCCAAUCUCCGCUCAAUCACCUUCGGUAUCGAGACCAAGUCCGAGUUUGACAUCAAACAGAUGGCUGGAAACAUCAUCCCUGCCAUUGCCACAACUAACGCUACCACGGCAGCUCUGUGUGUACUACAAGCCUUCAAGAUCAUGCGUGGUGACUGGGCCAAGGCGAAGAUGGUCUUUUUGACAAAAUCAACCGAACGUGUCAUCAACAAGGAAUCGUUGCGCCCACCGAGACCUGACUGCGGUGUUUGCGCCACUGCUUACGCCAGACUGGUCAUCAACACCGACAAGACGACGCUCGAAUCUUUCGUCAAGGAGGUUCUAGUCAGGAAGCUCGGUUACAGGGAAGAUGAGGUUGAGGUCAGCAACAGUGCCGGUGUCUGGUAUGACCCUGAUAUGGCAAUGGACGACAACGACAACCUCGAGAAAUCGCUGAACGAUAUCAACAUUGUCAACAACUCUACCGUCAUCAUUCGUGGUGAAGGUGAAGAGGGCGAGCGUGUCAACCUCGAGCUGUCCAUCUCCAACAUGGACCUUGCUCAAUCCGCACCCGCCACCACCGAACCCUUCACUCUCAUCCCCGAUCUCCAGACCAUCCCCAAGAAGACUGCUGCCCCAACAGCUAUCACCACCGAUGCUGCAUCCUCAAAUGGCCACAAUCUUCCCACUCGCUCUUCUACAAAGCGUACUGCUGCAGAUGCUGACCUGGAUACUGGAGAAGCAGAGGCCGAGCAAAUCGCCAAGCGUGGCAAGGUCGCCGAGGAGAAAAAGAGUACUAUCGUCGUUGACGAUGACGGCGCCAUUAUGCUCGACUGA